AAUUUCUCAGUGCAGAACCCACCCGGACAUGCAGAUUCUCCGCCUACUUCGCCCAGGGAGCCACACAAACACAAAGCCACUCUGCCUGCCUGUUCAGAGGGAGACCCGUUUCUUCUGCACAGCACGGACAUCGUCGACAUGGAGUUGGGAGGUUUUGUGAAAUACCCGCUGGUCUGGCCUCACAUACAUCAACUUCUCGCCGCGCUGUGUCUCGUCGCCGCCGUGUACAAAUUAACCACCGUCCUCCUCAAACGGAAAGCUGUAGCGCAGAGUCUUGAAGCCUUUCCAGGACCUCCGGGACACUUGUUGUUUGGAAAUGUUUUAGAGUUUAAGCAAGAUGGGACCGACCUGUUCAAGGUGAUAAAGUGGGGGGAGCAGUAUCCCUAUGCUUUUCCUCUGUGGUUUGGCCCAACAACUUGUAUUCUCAACAUUCACCACCCAGAUUAUGUAAAAACUAUACUGUCAUCAACAGAGCCAAAGGAUAAUUUUGCAUAUAAGUUCAUUGAGUCUUGGAUUGGAAAUGGCUUAUUGGUGUCAAAAGGACAGAAAUGGUUUCGCCACCGAAGGCUCCUGACUCCAGGUUUCCAUUAUGAUGUUUUAAAACCAUACGUGAAACUGAUGUCAGAGUCUGUAAAAACAAUGCUGGACAAAUGGGAAACGUAUGCAAAAACCAACGAGACCUUUGAAUUGUUUGAGCACAUCAGCCUCAUGACACUUGAUAGCAUACUGAAGUGUGCCUUUAGCUGCAGCAGCAACUGCCAGACAGAGGGGGGAACAAAUGCCUACAUCAAAGCGAUAUAUGAGCUCAGCAAUCUUAUAAACUUCCGAAUGAGGACUUUUCCAUACCACAGUGACCUUAUUUUCUACCUCAGCCCACAUGGGUUCAGAUACAGGAGAGCAUGCAAGGUGUCUCACAGUCAUACAUACGAGGUUAUCAAAAAGAGGAAAGAAGCCCUGAAGGAAGAGACGGAGCUCAGUCGCUCACAGACCAAGAGAUAUUUGGAUUUUCUGGACAUUCUUCUCUUUGCACGAGAUGAACAGCAGCAGGGCCUGUCUGAUGAAGAUUUGCGAGCAGAAGUGGACACCUUCAUGUUCGAGGGGCACGACACCACAGCCAGCGGCCUCUCGUUCAUCCUCUACUGCUUGGCCUGCCACCCAGAGCACCAGAAGCUCUGCAGGGAUGAAGUUUGUGAAGCUUUGCAAGGGAAAGACACUAUGGAGUGGGAGGAUCUUAACAAAAUUCCAUACACCACAAUGUGCAUCAAAGAAUCCCUUCGUCUUUACCCCCCUGUGCCAGGAAUAUCCAGGCAGAUCACCAAACCCAUCACCUUCUUUGAUGGAAGAACAUUGCCAGCAGGCUCUGUUAUCGGAGUAAGUGUGUUUGGAGUUCACAGAAAUGCAACUGUCUGGGAAAACCCUGAUGUCUUCGACCCACUGCGUUUCCUCCCAGAAAAUGUCUCUAAGCGAUCGCCUCACGCAUUUGUGCCUUUCUCCGCUGGACCAAGAAACUGCAUCGGCCAGACAUUUGCUAUGAAUGAGAUGAAGGUGGUGACGGCUUUAACACUAAAGCGGUACCAGCUGAUGGAGGACGCUGAAAGUAAACCUAAGAUGAUUCCGAGAUUGGUUCUGCGUUCGCUUAAUGGCAUCCACAUCAAGAUCAAACCAGUGGAGCCAGAAAUGUGAUGGAGAAAAAGCUGUUGAAGAUGAUUAUUCAAGUAGAUUAAAAUUUAAGUAAAAUUUGAGAAGAUAUUUACACCAAUGUAUCUUAACAAUUACAUUUAUUUUGUUUUUAUAUGUGUUUUAAAACUUUAAAUUGAUAAAUUUAUAAGGGAACAUUUGCACUGUAUAUGCAGAAAUAUGCUUGUUAUAUAUUUGGAAAUUAGCUUUAUUUUGAAGUAUAAGCAUCUGAUUAUAAUAAAUCAGAUUGUUGUAAUAUUGCGGAAUGUGACAAAACAAAGUGUGAUUGAGUGCAGUUUAUUAACAUGCUAUAUUUAAUUUAACAUAACAGCUUUCACUAGAGGAGUGGGGGAAAGGUGGUCUAGUGGUUAAGAGAGCAGGGCAUUUGUGUCCUGGAGAGGCCACAAGUACCCUGGUUCAAGUCCUACAGCCUCCCACUCUGGGUCCCUGAGUAAGACCCUUAGCUCCUGAAUGCUACAGAGUUUACAGGGUUUAUUGAGAAUAAUGCAGAGGUGGCUCGUCUGGGUUUCAGACUGGAUUCUGAUCCGGCACUGAGGAAGAGAGGUAACUAUUAGUUGAACGUUUGAAGGUGGCAAAGAUGAAACGGACAGGAUGUAAUAAAUAGGUAGUGAGCUUAUUGUUUGAAGAGGAAGGGGAGAUCCUGAGGGUUCUCGGCCAGUUUGAUUUGCGAGUCGUGGAAGGUAGGUUGAACACAGAGAUGAGAUGGCAGCUUCAGGCGAACGGUGGAAGAACUGAGAACAGAUUCAAUGGAGUAUGGUCCUAGCAACCUGGGAGAAAGCUUAGAAUAAGACUUAAGGGGAAAGUCCUUGGAUGAUAAUCACACUUUCUGUCCACUGUUUAUGCAGAAAUAGCCUUGUUAUAUAUUUCAAGAUUAGCUUCAUUUUGAAGUAUAAGCAUCUGAAUAUAAUAAAACAGAUUGUUGUAAUACUGCAGAAUGUGACUAAAAUAGUGUGUGAUUUUGUGCAGUUUAUUUACAUGCUGUAUUUAAUGUAACAUCUAAAAACACAGCUGCAGCUAGAAAUAUAAGUUAUGUUUCUGUUGUCGGGGCAAAAAUAAAGAAGACUUUUUUGAAUUAAAAUAA